AUGGAAGAGCAAACGUUCCCCUCCGCUUGCGCUGAACUUACGCAAUGGUGCAGCGAUCAGCGAGCUUUCUCCUCGUACUUUGAAGACAACCUCUUAGCCGCUCUACAGGUCGCUGUCGAGAAUGGGACCAAGGACGGUUUCGACUUUGUGCUCGCUCACCAACUUAUAUCGGCAUGCUUCACACAUCGGAAAUUGCUUAGCAAAAGUAGUGCCAAUAGAAUCAAUCGGUGGUACGAGCAAUUUCGACGUUUGAAGAAGAGUGGUGGAAAGAGAAAGCGAAAAACUGAAUCAUCACAAAUAACUGCGGGACCGCUUCCUGUUGACCCUCGAAUGGAAACGGUCACCGUAACCGACAGGUAUCCCAUACUUGAAUGCUUUAUCCGUUGUUAUGAGCUGUGGAAGCUUCCACGGCUGCCUUUCCGCUAA